AUGCCGAAUCCCGACAACGCGAAAGCUCCGCCUCGCUUCAAGAAGGAGGGAGACUACCACCGUUUAAUCGUUGACGGAAAACCCUUUCUAAUAUUGGGAGUAGAGGUUCUCCCCUCAGCCUCCUCAUCUGCUGCCUACAUGGCUCGCAAGUGGCAAGACAUCAAAGCCCUCGGUCUAAACACUGUGCAACUCGCCGUCACUUGGGAGGUCUUUGAGCCGAAAGAAGGCCAGUUCAACAGAGACUUGGUCGCAAGUCUGGUUGCCCAAGCUCGCGAGGCGGGCAUUCGAGUCAUAAUCUCUUGGUUUGGCUCGAUGAAGGGCGAUUUCGACGACGAUGUAUCAAGCUAUACGCCACAGUGGAUCAAGACUGAUCCUGCGCGCUUUCCCAAGAUGAGGGUCGCCAAGUGCCAAAUGGCUGAUGAUACGGACGACGAUGACGAGCACGCCAGUCGUCACAAGGCCAAGAACAAUGACAGAGAUAACGAGAAUCCGGAGAAUGGCACAGACGCAUGGGUCGCAGUCCCUACGACCGUCGUCUCGCUCUUUGGUCCAGAGUUGAUCGCAGCGGAGAAAACGGCGUUCACAGAGUUCGUACAGCAGAUCAAAGCUGCCGAUGCUGGCUAUGAUACCAUCUUGAUGUUACAAAUUGGCAGCGAGAUUGGCUACUUCAAGUGGUCCAGGGACGUUUGUGACGCAGCAUUAGCUGAGUUUGACAAAGGCGUUCCAGCUGACUACUUGGAAUUCCUCGUUCGGUCCGGCUCAGUCCUUUCUGUUGCUGCUGUUCAUGCCUGGGAAGAGUUCGCCGAUGGUCCUGAAGCUACGGAUGAACUUUUCACCACAUAUCACAUGGCCAGCCACAUCAACUUCCUGGCAAAGAUUGCCAAAGAAAUCUACUCUGUCCCAGUCAUCGUCAAUGCUGAUCUGGAACAAGUACGAGGCAAAAAGCACGGAGGCCCUCGACCUGAGACUUUGCAUCUGUGGAAGCUCUUUGCGCCCUACAUUGAUCUUUAUGCACCGCAAAAGAUUCAUGACGACUACAACAAGAAUUGUAAGACCUGGGGCUCUGGUGCCAACCAAGCUCUUCUAGUACAAGCUCAUGGUGAAUGCAAUGAUAACAUCCGCUUGGUUUGGUCUGCAUUUGGUACUCAUGGUGCAAUUGGUGUUAUAUUGCUCAGCAUCGAAGAUUCAGAGAUACGGAACCCUGAAUCCUAUAUUCUCCAGCUCGUCACCUUCUUCCGCCAAGCCGUCCCCUUCCUCCUAAACGCUCAGGAUCAUGGUCAACCUCACAUCGGAAUCGCUGCACACAUUUGUAAUGGAACCCAAAUUGUUCAUUUCACAUCGGAAUUCGACAUCAAGAUAAUCAUGGGGAUCAAUCAACACAUGGGUUAUGGUCUCGCUAUUGAUCAGGGCAACGGCAAGCUCUUGCUCUUCGGCGAGGACAUCUACAUCAAGGCCAAGUCUCGGAAUGAUGACGUGCUUUUCACCCGUGUUCUCAGCUUUCGUGAGCUGGAGAUUGACGAGCAAGGUGCGUUGCAAAUCCGACGAACAUUCAAUGCCGAUGAGACCGGGGGCUCCAAGGGUGCCAGCAUACCAUCUGAGACCCCAAUGAUUGCAGAGGUUCAGUUUUAUGGUAUCAAGAAUUGA